CAAAAUCUCAUAUUACUUAACCCGUAGCCAAUCAUCACCCUCAGACCUCAGUCCCAUCCAGUGAGAACUUGGCCGAAGAAGAUUUCUCAAGGGUCGUAUCUCUCCAGCGUCGUAUACCGAUGGCCACACCCCAAUUCCUUUCUUCCUUCAAGUACUCCGACAGCCUUACGGUGGUGGCCAUCUCUAUCUGCACCGCCGUGGUCUGCGAGGCCAUCUCCUGGAUCUUAAUUUACCGCACCAACUCCUACAAAUCCCUCAAAUCCUCGAUCGACAAAGCUUCUAAGAAGCUCGAGACUAUGAAAACCGAAACCACCAAAGUCACCAUCAAGAAAUCCAAGACCAAGAAAAUAGACCGCGUCGAGACUUCCUUGAAAGAGUCUAGUCGCGAUCUCUCCCUCUUCAAGUUCAAAUCCGGAGCCGUCGUCGCGUUGGUUCUCUUCAUCGUUUUUGGACUGUUGAAUUCUUUAUUCGAAGGGAAAGUUGUCGCCAAAUUGCCGUUUAAGCCCAUAGGGAUCGUGAUGAAGAUGAGUCAUAGAGGGUUGCAAGGCGAUGACGCGACGGAUUGCUCAAUGGCGUUUUUAUAUUUCCUCUGUUCGAUUAGUAUCCGCACAAAUCUCCAAAAGUUUCUAGGGUUUUCGCCUCCACGUGGAGCUGCCGGGGCCGGAUUGUUCCCCAUGCCUGAUCCGAAAACGAAUUGAUCGGGUUUGGUUUUGUUCACUUAUUAAUACUUCUUAUUUUAUUAAUUCCUAGUGUUAUUAGGCCAUAAUUAUCUGAUUCUCUAGUGAGGAGUAGGAUAAACUAGAACUAUCAUUGUUCAGUAAACGGAUAAUGAUUUGAUAAUUGAUCUCUAGAACUGGGAUGAAUCUCCACUGUUGUUUUGGUGAUUGUUGUGCUUUAUGUGUAAUUUUGGAAAUCUAUGGAACAAUUGUUGCUCUAGUCUGAA